CUGGGCCUAUAAAGAACCACCACAUCAACCAUCUGUUACUGGCACUUCAACUUCAAACCAGACAGCAACCCUCAAAACCUCUUUACACUAUUUUUUACAAUUUCCGAUUUGUGAAGCAUCAAUUUUGUGCAGAAUCUGAGACUGAAAUGGCUCCAACCAUAGCCGUGUCCUCCGCACAAACGAAGCCGCUCCACCACAACCACCGCAACGCUCCGGCAUCGCCGGAGGAGGAGGAGGAGGUGUUGAGGAAGAGAAACGAGGAAUUGGAGAAAGAUUUGAAGAAGAGUCUGGAGAGAGAGGAGAGGAUGAAACUAGAGCUGCAGAGGACAUGGGAGAGACUCAGGGUGGCGGAGGAGGCGGAGGAGCUGCUUUGCUCCCAACUUGGGGAGCUCGAGGCGGAGGCCGUCGACCAGGCCAGAACAUAUCGUACUCGUGUAUUGUCGUUAAUGGAGCAACUUUCCACUGCCCAGAAACUUCUUCAGGCUGCUUCAAUUUCUCUCCCCAAUUCUCAAUGACGGUCGGACGGCCGGCGAACUCCGGGAUCUCCGGCUUCACAGUGGAAAAUCCAGAUGGUGCACCUAGCCUUGUAUUUUAAUGUAGUUUCGGUGUCGGUGUUUUGCUUAAUUUGAGUAUUUCCACGGUUGUCUUGGUGUAAUUACCAUGUAAAUCGUCAAUGUAUACACGUUGACAAUGAUGCAGAAGAUUUGAGUUAGGAGUAAGAGAUGUGUGCCUAGUUGUAUUUCUCAAAGUUUGUGGGUAAAUAGACAAAUAGUUUGAAGUUUUGUUCCCUUAUUUCUUCUGUUCCAAUAUUGAAGUUGUUCCCCUAUUGAAUUUUUGUUGAAUAUGAACUUCCCGGUACUCAUAUUAGCAUUUGAUA